AUGAGAUCCUUGAGUCUAAUCUCCUCCAUCAAACUGUCAUGGAACAGCAGCGACUCGGACAUUGCCCGCGACUGCGGUCUCGAUGCCUACUUUUUCCUCCGCUACUUGAGAACUCUUCUUCUUGCGUUUUUUCCAAUAGCAACGCUCGUGAUACCCGUGCUGAUCCCAUUGAAUUACGUCGAUGGACGCGGUCAUCAACUUGAUGCCGAUGGACGUGCUGCAAAGGAUCAUGACAACGCACAAGUCACUGGCCUGGACACGCUUGCCUGGGGCAAUAUCAGACCAAGCAAUGCUCACCGCUACUGGGCGCACCUCGUGAUAUCCAUCCUUACUAUCGUAUGGGUUUGCGCUUUGUUUUUCUAUGAGAUGAGGGCCUACAUCGACAUACGGCAAACUCAUCUUGCCAGUGCUGAUCAUCGAUCAAGACCUUCAGCGGCAACUAUUCUUGUUGACUCAAUCCCUGACGAGAUGUGUACCGACAGUGAAUUGAGAAAGCUCUUUAACCAUUUUCCAGGUGGCGUAAAGAACAUAUGGAUCAAUAGAGACUUCUUUUUGCUACUUCAAUUGAUCGAUCGCCGAGACGCAAUUGUCCAGCAACUGGAGGUUGCGGAGACAACCUUGAUUAGGAAUGCCCAUCAUGCUCAUCAAAGUCGAUGGAACAGGGGUAAAGCAGGAGAUUGGCGACGGCUCUUUCGCGGAAACUCUAAGAGCACUGGAAUCCAAGGCUCAACCGGAAAGCGUUCUGAACCCCGUAAAUUCUCGAUUACUGAUUGUGAAAAAGACAGCAGCGGUGGAUUGCGGGAAAAGUACUUAAGUAACAGCGACCGGCCCGCGCAUAGACUCUUUGGUUUAGGAUUGCGAUGGCUAUUUAACGCUGCGUCUUUCUUCGAAAAAGACGAAACUAUAAGUUGGUGCCGCAAAGAGUUAGAAGAGCUUAACACAAGAAUUGAAGAGCAGCAGAGGCAUUACGCUGACCUUCCGCCCGCAAACUCAGCAUUUGUCCAGUUUCGCACUCAAAUCGCGGCACAUAUGGCUUGCCAAAGCGUAAUUCACCACUUACCAGAACAUAUGUCACCACGGUUUAUUGGAUUCUCUCCAGAUGAGAUUAUUUGGAGGAAUAUAGCAUUGUCUUAUAAAGCAGGUUGGGUCCGUGCGGUGAUAACUUAUGCUAUUCUAUUCCUAAUGAUAUCCUUGUGGUCACUUCCAGUAGCGUGGACGGGCGCACUCAGUCAGGUUGAUCAACUAAUUCAAGGGAACGGCCUGCUUUCGUUCAUGGGCGCACUCAGUCAGGUUGAUCAACUAAUUCAAGGGAACGGCCUGCUUUCGUUCAUUGGCCGUACAGAGGUGCUCAGACAUGUCAUUUCAGCAGUUGCUGGCUUAUUACCGACUACAGCAUUAACAGUCCUUUUAAUCCUCCUACCGGCUUUUCUAGAAUAUUUGGCGGAUUUUAAAGGGGUCAAGGCUUACUCUCUGAGACAGGAGUUUGUUCAGACUUUUUAUUUUGCCUUCUUGUUCAUACAAGUAUUCUUAGUUGUUUCCAUUGCUUCCUUCUUUACGGCGUCGAUCAAAGAGCUAGCUACGAACGUCCGGGGCGUGCAGCAAGCUAGUGAAGUGGUCAAUAUCCUUGCUCAGAACCUCCCGAAAGCGUCAAACUACUUCUUCUCUUACAUGGUUCUUCAGUCCUUCUCUACCAGUGCUGCGACGCUUCUUCAAGUGGGCAGCUUGAUUUCGCAUUACAUUGUCGCCCCAAUGUUUGACGUCAGCCCACGAGACAAAUGGCUCCGAAAGAUGAAACCGCAUUCGGUUAAGUGGGGCUCCGUGUUUCCUGUAUACACGAACUUCGCAUGCAUCGCUCUAAUCUAUUGUAUAAUAUCCCCACUUAUUUCUGUCUUUGCUAUUCUCACCUUCGGUCUCAUAUGGCUUGCUCAGCGGUACGCAAUAUUAAAUUUUUAUCGCUCUGAUCACGACACCGGAGGAGUUCUUUAUCCUCGCGCCCUCAACCAGACAUUCACAGGCGUGUACGUAAUGGAACUAUGUCUUACCGGUCUUUUCUUCAUGGCCAAAGACGAAAAGGCAAAUGCAGUCUGUACAGCACAUGCCAUAAUUAUGGCAAUAGCGUUAGUGGCUACAGUUCUCUUCCAGGCGUUUCUGAACUGGAGGUUCGCUCCUCUCUUCCGAUUUCUACCUGUAGAUUUGGGGAAUGAUGAAGUGACGAUGACCGGCCAGAAGAAACAAGUAAAGGAUGAUCUCCAGCUGCAACAAAUGGUGUUGGAGGAUGUAUCAAACAUGGACGAAAGGAAUGAAGUCUCUGAGGACCUCCGUACUAACACAACCAAUAAAUUAAGCACCGAGUUUCCCACGACGCUAGAAGAGGUACCUAUAAACAAGAGGGAAAUCCUAGUCAAUGAAGCAUUCAAGCAUUACGCUCUCACCGUAAGACAGCCUAUUAUCUGGAUUCCUCGAAAUGGCCUUCAUGUCAGCAAAGAUGAAAUUGACCAAUGUAAACAAAGUUCGGGUUCUAUCGAUAUGUCUAAUGAUGGUGCCUAUCUAGAUGAUCAUGGGCGUGUGGUCUGUCAUGACAAACCACCAGAUUUCUCAGAGUUCGCCUAUGUUAAGCUUUGA